GUUGAACAGUGUCACAGUAACUUACAGUGUAUGUUAUAUUCAUAUAAUUUUGAACAAUCUUUUGUAUAAACAAGCAGAAAACAGCUUAUAAAGCAGUAUUCUAUACCAUAAUAUUACUACACAAAAUGCAACUUUAAAGAUUCAUAAAAUAGCAAGCAGAGGGUUCCUUAAAUAAAAAACGAUAUUUUCGUGCAAGUGACAUCCUAAUCUUUCAUUUUAAAAUAAGAAAUGAAAUAUUUGCGAUAUGCGCUAAAGUAUAGUUCAGCCUUCAUUCCUUUCAUAUUUCUUAUUUUGUCGGCAAUUCAUUCUUUGGUCAAAUCAAAUCGGACAACUCAUCAUUUUUCAAACUUGUCAAGCAUCUGUCAAAAGUCAAUCUAACCUCAAAGCAUCAUAGGAAACGAAAAACUUGUUUGGUCAUUCUCAAAUAUCUGAAAUCAUUGAAUUUUGAAAAUGGAGUGCUUGUUAGGAAUCAAAUUCAAAGACUUUGUCCUUAUAGCAGCCGAUAUGACGGCCACUCAGAGCAUUAUAGUGAUGAAGACAGAUGAAAAUAAGCUGUUCAAACUAUCUGAUAAACUGGUAAUGGCAGUGUCUGGAGAAUCAGGAGACACCACUCAGUUUGCCGAAUACAUAGCUAAAAAUAUACAACUUUACAAAAUGAGAAAUACCUAUGAAUUGAGCCCUAAAGAAGCUGCAAGUUUCACACGAAGGAAUUUAGCAGAUACCUUGAGGACUUCGUCUCCUUAUCAUGUAAAUCUGCUUCUUGCUGGCUAUGAUGAAAAAGAGGGUCCUCAUCUUUACUACAUGGAUUAUUUAGCAUCAGCUGUGAGUGUAGACUAUGCAGCCCAUGGUUAUGGUGGUUACUUCUCCUUAUCAAUUAUGGACAGAAAUUAUUUGAAGAAUUUGAACAGAGAGCAAGCAUAUGAUCUUCUGAAGAAGUGUGUCAAAGAGAUCCAGUUGAGACUGGCAAUCAAUUUACCAAAUUUCAAGGUACAAGCUAUAGAUAAGGAUGGUAUACAUGAUAUGCCCAACAUUACUCAUGCUGACUUGAAAUAAGUUUUUUUGGUGUAAUUUUUUAUAUUAAUAAAUGUUGAAUAAGGAAAUGUUUUUGUCAUUUUUUUAGCCAUUACAUAUUUUUAAAUUCUAGCAACUAAUUUUAUCUGUGUAUCAUACCCACUGGCAGAGCCAAAGAAAAUGGAGGGGAAGAAUAACCAAUACAUACUUAAAAAAAAUUUGGUGUUGUCACUAUUUCAUUGAACCAAAAAUGUUCUGUAUUUAAAAAAAUGCCAUUACAAAAUUAAUUUGCUGAGA